UUGUAUGUUGUGCAACACUGCCGUGUUUGUGUGAGUGUGUGAGGCAUCAGAGCGUUGAGAGAAUGUUUCCCCGGUGUGAAGAGUGGAAUAUUUCCUUUGCGGGAUGCGGUUUCCGAAGCGUUUACUACCUGGGAGCAGUGACGUGCAUCCUGGAGCGAGCGCCGCACGUGGUGCACGGAGCCUCCAAGAUCUGCGGAGCGUCAUCUGGAUGCCUGGUGGCCGCGGCGUUGGCCGUGGGACUUCCCAUCGAACAUUUGUUUGCAGACUUGUUGGCGGCAGCCAAAGAGGCUAGAAAACAUUGCCUGAGCGUCUUCCACCCGAGCUUCAGCCUCCUGCGAACGGUGCGCGACUCUCUGCGAGAGAAACUUCCGGAAGAUGCCCACCGGCGCGCCUCGGGGAGGCUGUGCGUGUCCCUCACCAGGGUAAGCGACGGGAGCAACGUUCUGGUGUCCCACUUUGACAGUAGGGAGGAGCUCAUACAGGUACUAAUGUGCAGCUGCUUCUUUCCUGUCUACUGUGGCUUCAUCCCGCCCUCCUACCGUGGACAGUUGUACAUUGAUGGGGCCCUGAGCAACAACAUGCCGCUGUUGGAACAUCCUUACACCAUCACGGUGGCCCCAUUCUGCAGCGAGAGCGACAUUAGCCCCAAAGAUGGCGCAUGGACCGCUAUCUCCAUACACUGCAGUAACCUCAGCAUGCAGGUGACUGCGGGAAACGUGCGACGCAUCUACACCUCCUUCUUGCCCCCUGCCCCAGAGGAGCUGGCUGAGAUCUUCCACAGUGGCUACAAGGAUGCUCUUCGCUUCCUGAGACAAGAGGGUAAAAGUUCAAUAUCAGCAACCAUCCUUUUAAAAAUGUUUUCUGUACACAAAUCUACGCUUUCCAGAACUGCUCGGAACAUCUUUUCCGGAGGAGCAGGUGGACAAGGUGGAAGUUGCAAAGGCAGCCGUUGGGGGACAACGCUGGAGCACAAAUUGUUCAAAUAAAAAAUAGUAUCCCAAUCAGUGAGACAAAAAGGGACAUUAAACCCUUAAAAAAUAUGUUAAAACUUAACUGCAGAGGCCAUGUUUUAAGUCACACUGAACUGUUUUAAAAGGGGAAAAAUAACUUUAUAUAUAAUAAUAACUUUCACACGUGUGUGUGUGUAGCGCUGUGUAUGGCGUGUAGGGAUGCAGGCGAUAUCGUUGGAAGCCAGGGCUCAUGUCCACUCAAAGGUUUUUACUACAUACUGACUCCACUGGUGUUGGCGCUUGAGUUGAUCUUGUUCCUUUUAAAGAGAUAGAGACACAAAGGCUUUACAUUUAUUAUAGAGCAGUGAUUAAAUUGAAAAAAAAUUUACGCUGACAAGUAAACGUCACAGUUUAUUUCACAGCUGUGUAGGUGUUGCAUAAGGGGCGGUUAUGAUUACACCUAAUGAAUUCUGACGAGCGACAAGCCACAAAUGACUGUUCUGCGUGCUAGGUGUUAUUUAAUUUGAGGUGCAUUGUACCCAUGAUUUUGAUUGGCGGCCUGCUGAGGACGACCAACAAGCGGCAAAGAGAAAAGUGGUUGCCAUGAAAGCAGCAAGUGGUUUGUGUAUUUGUGAAUAAUUUAAGGAUGCUAUUCAGGUUUUUUUGUGCCAAAUUGAAUCAAUGUAAAGGCAUUUGAAUCAAUAAAAUAUGAACGCAUUAAUUUAAAAAAUGUGAAAUUAUUAACUAAAGUCUCAGUUUAUUAUAUAAUGACACAAUACUUGAUAAUUGACUAUUUAAUAAUCAUUUCAAUAAAUUACCUUUUUAAUUACUCAGUGGCAGUUUUAUUGAAUGUGUAUUUAUUUAAUGGCAUUUUUAGUAAAUAUAAUUUUUAAAAUAGUAUUUUCUUAUUUAAUAGAAUAUUUACUUAUUUAAUGAAUGGCAUUUUUAAUAGAAUUUUUACUUACAUUUUUAUUUGACAGAUUUUUUUAUUUCAUGACAUUUGUGUUUAUAGCAUCUGCAUGAUAAAAUGUUUUAUUUGACAUAAAAAAAAUUAUUACAUGUAUCUGAUGCCUUUU